CUGUGCGCGGUCGACCAAAAAUUUAAAAUAUUUUAUUUCACCCACGCAUUUUCUAAACGGUGAAUAAGAAGAAAACAAAUUUUUACAAUAAAAAAAAAGUGAAUUCGAGAAAAUUCUAAACCAUUUAGAAAGUUUAAAACCAAGUGUCAAACAAUGACGGAUCAAGGAGCCCGCGAUCUCUUAGCUAGAGGCAAUGUUUUCGGCGGUCGAGCUGACGAUGGUUUCGUGCCGAAGCAAACUGUACCACGCGACUACAAUUCGAAUAUCACGAAAGGCGAAGCCGGUAACGGAUAUUCCUACGAUGACCCGUACCAAGGUCAACAACGGAAUCCCGCUGAUGGCAAUGACGAAGAAGAAGCUCUUGCUGCCGAACGUGAUUUGGCCGAAGACGCCAUGUGGAAACGUAUUCAACAUAAUACGUUCACACGUUGGACGAAUGUGCAUUUAAAGUGCAUCGAAAAGCAAAUUGAGAGCUUGGAAACAGAUUUCUCAGAUGGUCUCAACUUGAUUGCCCUGAUCGAGGUGUUGUCGCAAAAGAAGGCGCAAAAACACAACAAAAAACCCUCGUUUCGCAGUCAAAAAUGCGAAAACGUCGAAAUUGCUUUGAAAUUUUUGGAACGUGAGGGCAUCAAAAUCAUCAAUAUUGACUCGGCUGACGUUGUCGAUGGCAAAUUGAAACUCAUUUUGGGUCUAAUUUGGGCACUAAUUUUGCACUAUUCCAUCUCGAUGCCCAUGUGGGAUGGCGAAGAUGCUCCCAAAGGUGGUCAGGGUCCAACGCCUAAGCAACGUUUGAUGCAUUGGGUUCAAAACAAGAUCCCCGAAGUGCCAAUUACCAACUUUACCAAUGACUGGAAUGAUGGUAAAGCUGUUGGUGCCUUGGUUGAUGCCUGUGCUCCCGGCUUGUGUCCCGAUUGGGCCAAUUGGGAUCCCAAGAAUGCCUUGCAAAAUGCUAAGGAAGCUAUGGGUCUUGCUGAUGAUUGGUUGAAUGUUCCACAAUUGGUUAAACCAGAAGAUAUGGUCAAUCCAGCCAUUGAUGAACAAUCAAUGAUGACGUAUUUGAGUCAAUAUCCCAACGCUAAAUUGAAGCCAGGUGCUCCAAUCAAGCCUGGUGGCGGACCAAAUCGAAAAUCUGCUUUCAUUGCAUCUCGCGUUCGUGCCUAUGGUCCAGGAAUUGAGCCAAAGGGACCUUCUGUUAAUGCCCCAGCUAAUUUCACCGUUGAAACAUUCGCCGCUGGAAAAGGCAAAGUCGAUGUUGUCGUUUUGGAUCCUCACGGUGCCCAAGUGCCUUGUGAUGUUCGUUUCAACAACGACAAGAACUUGACGUAUUCUUGUUCGUACAUCCCCAAAGUUGAGGGACUUCACAAAGUCAUUGUCAAAUACAACGACAAAGAAAUUCCCCGUAGUCCGUUCAAGGUGCAAGUCGAAGGAACUGCAGGAGAAGCCAGCAAAGUUGUUGCUAGUGGUCCCGGUAUUCAACCUGAAGGUGUUUCAGUGAAUCGUCCCACGCACUUUGAUAUUAUGACGAAAGGUGCUGGCAAGGGAACACCCGAAGUUAUCAUUUUGGAUCCAUCUGGUUCCAAAACGAGCAUUAUCCCGAAACUCAUUCAAAAAGGACCCGAUUUCUACCGUUGCGAGUACGUCACGCCUCACGUGGGUGUACAUUCGGUAAAUGUCUUCUUCGCUGGCAAGCCAAUUCCAAACAGUCCGUUUGGCGUAAAGGUCAGUCCUGCAUCUGAUUCGAAGAAAGUUCGUGCAAGCGGUCGUGGACUUCAACCAACUGGUGUUCGCGUUGGCGACGAUGCCGAUUUCAAUAUUUACACGGAAGGUGCAGGCGAAGGUACGCCAGUUGUUCGCAUUAUCGGUCCCGGCGGCGUAAAUUACAACUGCAAAAUCCAAAAAGUCGAUGCUACAACGUACGAAUGCCACUAUUUCCCCAACAAAGAAGGUCGUUAUCGUGUCAUGUUGACGUUCGACGGCAAGGAAAUCCAAAAUUCACCCUUCGACGUUGCUGUUGGUCCCAAAUUCCAAACGAACGUCAUCGCCUACGGUCCUGGAUUGCAUGGAGGAGUUGCCGAACAUCCCGCUACCUUCACUGUUGAAACUAACGGUGACCCGGGCAAAUUGAGUUUCAGUGUUGCUGGACCGUCACAGGCUCCAUUGACGGUGCGUGAUAACGAAGAUGGCUCAUGUGCCGUUACUUACUUGCCAAAAGUACCGGGAGAGUAUUACGUUCAUGUACUCAUCGAUGAACAAGAUAUCCCCAAGAGUCCGUUUUUGGCACGUAUUCAGCCAAAGAACGACAUUCAUCCGGAAAAUGUAAAGACUACAGGACCCGGAAUUCAACCUACUGGAGUGCAACUUGAACAACCGACGCACUUCAUUGUUAACACAAAACAAGCAGGAAAUGCUCCGUUGGAGGUCAAGGUCACCGAUUGUACGGGUGAACAAGUCGAAGUUAAUGUGGUCGAACAAAAAGAUGGCACCAAAAAGUGUGUUUAUGUACCAAAACGUGCCUUGCCACACACCGUCGACGUCAACUUUGGAAAUGUUGCGACACCAAAUUCGCCAUAUCGCGUUAAAGUUGCUGCUCCUUUGAACCCAGCAAAGGUUCAAGCAUUCGGUCCAUGGGUUGAUGGCGAUGUUCGUCCCAACCAACCAACGCACUUCAAUGUUGAUGCACGUGAGGCUGGCGAAGGUGAUCUUAAAGUGCAAGUAGUGAACGAUCAAACCAAGAAAGAGAUUGUUGCCAAAGUCAUUGAUAACUGCAAUCAAACUUAUUCUGUGGAAAUUGACAGUACCGAGUUAGAAACUGGCACAUAUACCACAACUCUCUAUUAUGGAGGCGUAAAGGUUCCCACAAGUCACAAAACUAACGUUACACCAUCAGCUUCUGCUCCUCAGACCCCAAGUACUCCAAGUACCAAUGCUCCUCCACCGUUCCAACCAAAGAAAUUCGUUCAACCAGCUACAGUCAAUAGGCCUGCAGCUCCCGCUACUCCUACAACUCCCUCAACUCCUGGAACACCCGGAAUCACACCCGCUGAGUUGUCCAAAGUCAAGGUUCAAGGACUGGAAAAGAAGGUUAUUCAAAAAGCUGAAAAUGAGUUCUGUGUCGAUAUGAAGUCAGUUAUUACAACAACAAAAACCACCACGACAACGACCAGCUCAAAGUACACUCGCAUCGAAACAAGUCGUUUCACAUGUCGCAUCACCGAUUCUCGUGGUCGUGUUAUCGAAAGCAAGUGUGUAACCGAUCAAAAUGAUCUUCUCAAAAUUUUGUACACGCCAAUGGAGACUGGAAAACACACAAUUGAUUGCGCCUACGACAAUGUCCCAUUACCAGGCGCUCCCUUCAUGGUUGAUGUCAAGGGUGGAAAUGAUGUUUCUCGUGUCCGUGCCUACGGUCCUGGCUUGCAAGGCGGUGUUCCAAAUCAACCAGCCAAAUUCACCGUGGAAACCAAAAAAGCCGGUGUCGGUCGUUUGUCAUUUGCCAUCGAAGGUCCAUCCGAGGCGCGAUUGAGUUGCGUUGAUAAUCGUGAUGGCACAUGCGAUGUUAGUUUCUUCCCUACCGCAGCUGGCGAGUAUGAUUUGACCGUUAAAUUCGACGAUAAGGAAAUUCCCGGAUCUCCAUUCCGUGUCAAUAUUGGAGGAGUGCCCUCAAUGAAAGGUCCCGUAAAUGUUCCACGUGUUCCUGCACCCGGAAACGCCAAAGGAGAUGUCAAAGUUUUCGGACCUGGACUCGGAAACGGUGAAAUUCGCGAUGGAUGUCCCACAGAAUUUUACGUCGAUUGCAGUGAAGCGGGACCCGGAAAGGUCGGCGUUCAAUUGAAGUCAUCCGAUGGCUCACAAGUUUUGAAUCUCAAAAUUUACGACAAAGGAAAUGGCGUUUAUGCCGUGAGCUUUACGGCUCCCAGACAAGGCGCCACGUUAACAGCUCACGUCAAAUAUGCCGAAAAAGAGGUGAAGGGAAGUCCAUUUGUCAUGAAAGUCGGUGCAAAAAACGAUCCUAGAGCAGUUCGCGUUACCGGAGACUUGGCAAAGAAAAAGGUUCCAGCAUCGCUGCCUGUUAAAUUUCAAGUAGACAGCACUCAAGCUGGACAAGGUGAUAUUGUUGUCACAAUUUUGGAUCCCGAAAAGAAAAUGAUGCUUCCAAAGAUUCAACCAACUGGACCAGGAGUUGUUGAUGUCAGCUUCGUACCUGACGAAAUGGGUCCUUACCAAGUAGGUAUCAAAUUCGACGGAAAGGACGUUGCUGGAUCUCCUUUCCAAUUGGGAGCUCAGCCAACCGGAAAUGCCGACAAAUGUAAGCUCCUUGACAUGGAUGACGAGCUGGAAUUUGGAAAACAAAACAAAUUGACUGUUGAUGCCCGCAAUGCAGGACCUGGAGCAGUAACUUGUCGCAUCGUCAAGUCUGGCAAAAAUACUCCUGUUGACGUUCGUGUCGUUGAAAGCAAGCCACGUCUUUUCGAUAUUUUGUAUACUCUGGAUGACGCUGGCGAAUACGAUAUCGAUGUCAAAUUUGGCGGACGACCAGUUCCCGAUGGCGCCUUCUCACUAAACUUGGAGUAA